AUGUCCUUCGGUAAGACCGUCACUCUCAGCUCCGGCCACAAGAUCCCAACACUCGGGUAUGGUACCUGGCAGGCCAAGCCUGGCGAGGUUGGGGAUGGUGUCUACGAAGCCCUGAAGGCUGGCUAUCGCCACCUGGACCUGGCCAAGAUCUACGAGAACCAGAAGGAGGUCGCCCAGGGCUUCAAACGCGCCCUGGCUGAUAUCCCUGGCCUGAAGCGGGAGGACAUCUUCAUCACCUCGAAGCUCUGGAACCACAAGCACCGUGCUGAUGAGGUCGAGCCUGCACUGGAUGACACUCUGGCUGAGCUGGAGCUUGAUUAUCUUGAUCUCUACCUGAUUCACUGGCCAGUUACCUUUGCCAAGGGCGAACAUCUUUUCCCUCGAGUAGCAGGCAACGACAAUGAGGUUGAUAUCGACGAUAGUGUGCCUUUGACGGAGACCUGGAAGGCCAUGACCAGCUUGCCCAAGAGCAAGGUUCGCACUGUCGGAGUUUCUAACUUCACUAUCGAGCAUAUCGAACACGUCAGCAAGCAGACAGGUGUCGUUCCUGCGGUCCUUCAAAUCGAGCGCCACCCACGCAACCCGCAGCCCAAAUUGAUGGAGUACUGCGCCAAGAAAAACAUCCAUGUUACUGCCUACUCAGCGUUCGGAAACAACUCUUUCAACCUCCCGCUCUUGGUAAACGUUCCUGAGACCAAGGCCAUCGCUGAACGCCUGUCCAAGGCGCAGGGCAAGACGGUCACGCCUGCACAGGUGAUCCUGGCCUGGUCUCAGCUCGAUGGACACAGUGUCAUCCCCAAGUCAGUCACCGCAUCGCGCAUCCGGGAGAACUUCCAGGAGGUCGAGCUUGACGAGGAGGCCAUCAAGGCUGUCAACAAGCUUGGCGAGAACCCCCAGCGCUUCAACAUUCCUACAACCUACUCUCCCAAGUGGGAUAUUAACCUCUUUGACGAGGAGCAGGAGAAGUCGGCGAAGCACGUUCCAAUCCUGUGA